AAAAUAAUAAUAACAUUUCGGUUAUUUGCAUGCAGUCGGUUCUUAUAUUUACUUGUUCCGGACAACUAGAGGCAUUGCAACUUCGCAACUGAGUAACUUCGUGUUAAGUUUUUCGAGUAAAAACCCAAUUCUACACAAUUUCUGGUAGCUAAACCGGGAGGACAUUUUAGAACUCGUUUGGUUGUGAUCUUUUUCUUAGCAUCAAAUGAACCCUUACAAACAAACGGGACUUAUUAAGCACCCAGUUAUAAUCAGUUUUGCCCCAUUUAUUCCGGAAGGAUUUAUGAUCAAAUGAGUUUGUUUUAGUUUCUUUGCCUGCUAUUGUUUAUAAGCAUUCGAAUGGCCUCAUUUUCACUAGAAUAACAACGGCGUAAAUCAGUGUUUGUCUGUAUUAGUUUUGCUUACCUACAGUUUUGAUGUUUUAAAUUUGAUAUAAACUCCCAUUUUGUCUAGUCCUGCACUAUUAGGAUUAUUUCCGAGCCAAUGCGGGUUAAAUUUCAAUCCUAGUAUUACUGCAGUGAACCUGAUUGGGGAAAAACUAGUCCAUUUUGGAACCGAAGAAAGAGAGAAUUCAUGGAAAGACACACACAAGGAAGUCACCUGGAAAUUCCCUCAGGUUAUGAAAAGAUGGUGACGAGUGUGCCGUUCGAUUCGGAUGCCAAAUCCGGUGAAUCUGAGCUGCUGGCUUGGCUCAAUCACACUUUGCAGUCUGGAUUUAACACCGUGGAGCAAACAUGCUCAGGUGCUGCCUAUUGUCAGUUAAUGGACCUGCUGUACCCUGGCUCCAUUGACUUACAAAAUGUAAAGUUUAAAGUAGAGGAUGAAAUGGAUAUGACUAACAACUACAAGCUGCUUGAACAUGCCUUCUCUAAGAGUUCUUUGACUAAAACACUGGAUAUUGAAAAGUUGGUCAAUGAUGUUAAAUCAGAGGUGCUGAAUCUACUGAGGUGGUUCAAAGUGUUUUUUGAACACAGUUUUGCGGGAUAUACCUACAACCCUGUAAAGGCUCGAGGUGGACGGAUUCUGGAACCCUAUCUCCCGAAGAAACCAAGGGCACUAGUGCGGCUGGAUUUUUCAACGGUUCCUAAAAGGAUUAGUGAAAAUGCUGACACAAAAGUGAAGGGAAGAGAUUCAGAGUCUUUUGACUUCAGCCAGGCUGUGCUGUCUUUUAUCAGGAAAUACUGUCCCUCUGUCUCAGCCAGCAUGGACUCGUCUAUCAGUUGUAGCAAAGCCAAACAUGUUCUGGGACAGAAAUACAGAAAAAACAUUGCAGCAUUCUGUAACCAGACCCCUUACUGCCUGUAUAUGUUCCAUGAAGGAGAGAACGUCUAUGUGGUCUUGAUUGGCUAUUUUGACCAGACUGUUGGAGAAGCCAAAGUGAGGUUGCUUGAUUUUAUUCAGGAGACACAUGCAAACUUAUUAAACAGUGCUGUGAAGACUCUUCAAACGUUGAAUAUUCCUCUGGCUAACCUUAUAGCAUUCUAUUCUAAUGCACCCAAUCUUGCAGAGCUGAUUUCAGGUCUGAAAGCUUUUAAUCCUGGCACUGUUUCUCUUUGUAGCCUUACUGGAAUGGCUGAGCAAGCAUGUCACAGUGGCAUUAUGGCAAUGGAGCAGUCUUCACAGAUCCAAGAACUGAUCACAGAAGUCCACCAGCACUUCCUGUCUCUACCUGACUUUUUGAAGGAACAGCUUAAUAAUAUGGGAGACUUCCGGUUCACUCCUUAUUUGACAUCUGAUUGUCUCAUGCUCAGAACAACACUUUACAAAAUGGCCAUAGCAUGGUCAGACUUAGUGCAUUACUUUAAUUCUGAAAGUGACAGCAGCAGUUCAAAUGGGCAAAUUUGUUGCCUCCUCAAUAAUAAGACGUUAAGACUGACAUUCCAUUUUCUGAGCCAUGCCCUGAAGCCUCUAUGCAAAUUUCAGGAGAGCUUGGACUCUGGUAAAGAUGUGAGAACAUUGUUCCAAGAUGCCUUUAGUUUAAUUUAUAAUUACAUAUCCAGCUUCCUCACUCCCAAAGCUGUGGAACGCUACUUAAGGAAAGGUAACUUGGGCUCACCAAUGAAGAACAUUGUGGAACAUCUACCAAGAGACAAGCUGGAUGUUGGUGAAGAGGUAGUGGAAUAUCUUCGUCAAAAUGAUUCAGAAUUAACUGGCUCAGUAGAUCUCUUUUACAAGAGUGUCCUUUCGUUCUACAUGGCAGUCAGUUCCAGUAUUGUUGAGAGUUUACCUAUUCCUGAUAAUGCUCUGAGAAAUAUUGCUGCCCUCUUAAACCCAGAAGGCAAGAUGGAAAUCACUGGAAAGGCCGUAACCGAUUUGGGUGUCCAAUUUGGUAUUUGUUCGUUUGGAGAAGGCACCAGCUUGUUAACCGAUGAUUUUCUUGAAUAUCAGUUUGCUGAGCAGGAAGAUGAACUUGUCAGUCCUGCUGUUCAGUCACUGGAACAGUACUGGAUGACAGAGCUGAGGAUUUUGGGAAAGACAUCUCUCUUUCGAAAGCUGAUCCUUAGCUUGUUGGCCUUGCCCAAGACCCUGAGAAUGGAAGACAUUUUUGCACAAGUGUUUGAGAGUGUUGAUCACUGCAUUAAUGGCAGCGUGGAAGAGAGAAUAAUGGAAAUCUCUUUCGGCAAAGACAUGGUGCGCGACGAAGAUGAUUAUGAUGAUGAUAUCACAGACAACAGUUCCUACAUAAGUGCCCCAUCACAACCCCUCAGUCCAGAGACUCUGAGUAGUUCAACAUGGGAUGUCAUUGAUCUGACUGAAGAGGACGAGAUAUUUAUGGAGACAAAUGCCAGUGCCUCUGCUCCAGACAAGAAGAGAAUGGAAAUCCCAGUUAUAGAUGAGGACACAGAUGAUGAUAUCAUAUGGAGUGAUGUGUUAUAUCCAGAGAAAAUAAAAGACCAUGUUUCCUCAACACCUAAUAAAGAAAAAGAGUAUGCAUGCCAGGAUGGAAAGACUUUUGCACCAGGAGAGAUGGUAUGGGGACGGGUGUGGGGUUCUGCACUGUCUCCUGGCCUGGUGCUCAGAUGGACUGAUAGGAAACCCAGAAAGUACCUUAGAAAGGUGGUGUGGUUUGGUGACGGCAUGGUCACUAAGGUUAAUGCAGAUGGUCUACAGCCAUACACUGCAUUUGCACAGUGUUUCUGCUCUAAUUCUUUUGCCAAGGUGACAACAUACAAGGAUGCCAUCUUUCAUUCUUUGCAGACUGCUGCUGAGCGUGCUGAAAAAGUAUUUUCUAUAAACUCUGACUCUAAGGAUGACCUGCUUAGGCAAAUGAUGGACUGGGCCUUCGGAGGCUUUACACCAUCUGGACCAAAUGGACUCAGACCACGAUCAAAAGAAGAUGAAUUCCCCAAAAAGUUCAACUGGAGGUUCCCAAAAACGAAUGAACUGAUUGUCAGUGAGAGGCAGAAAGAUCAAGAAAAACGUAAUAUAUACAACUUAAAAGAAGUGUCUGUGUGCUUGAAGAGACUCUCUCUGGACCUGCAUAAUGGCCAUUUUCACCUAAAAGAUGGAAACUUGAAUGACUAUCUUUUAUGUCCAAAACCAAAACAGUCCUCCUUACAGAAUGAAGAGAGCUUCUCUUUUUCGACUAGACGACCCACUCCAAAAAAACAGAAAUGCUUUUCCAAAAAUAAAGAUCAAAACAAUGAUCGUAGCUCAGAUGUUCAUGGAAAGCAAGACAACAACAGGUAUCAAAUGGUGCAUGACGUUUUGGUCAAAGGGAAGAAUAUUGAAGAUUUCUGCUUAUCGUGUGGAAAUUCAUGCAUCGAGAUCUUCCAUCCAUUGUUUGAAGGGAGUCUAUGCUUGAAAUGCAAGGAUAAUUUAACAGAGACUUUGUAUCGGUAUGAUGAUGAUGGAUAUCAGUCAUACUGCACUGUCUGCUGUGCUGGUCUGGAAGUAAUUCUGUGUGGACAUGACAGCUGCUGUCGGUCUUUUUGUAAGGACUGUUUGGAGGUCCUGAUUGGUAAAGGCACAUUUAAUCAACUAAAAGACUUGGACCCAUGGAUCUGCUACUUAUGCGCACCAGAGAAAAGCUCCGGGGCUUUGAGACCCAGACAUGACUGGAGUAUCCGUGUCCAGGAAUUCUUUGUGAAUAACAGUGCCAUGGAAUUUGAGCCGCAUCGUGUAUACCCAUCGAUCCCUGCCAACCUGCGACGUCCAAUCAGAGUCCUUUCCUUAUUUGAUGGAAUAGGUACAGGAUACCUGGUACUGAAGGAUCUGGGCUUUAAAGUGGAAAAAUAUGUUGCAUCAGAAAUCGAUGAUGAGUCCAUCACGGUAUCAACGGUGAACCACAAUGGAAAAAUCAUCCAAGUGGACGAUGUCCGUGUAAUUACAAAGGCUCAUAUUGAGAAAUGGGGUCCAUUUGACCUUCUUAUUGGUGGCAGCCCAUGCAACGACUUGUCAAUAGUAAAUCCUGCCAGGAAAGGCUUGUUUGAGGGCACAGGACGACUCUUUUUUGAAUACUACCGGCUGCUGAACAUUAUGAAGCCCAAGGAUGACGAUCCUCGACCAUUCUUCUGGCUUUUUGAAAACGUUGUAUUCAUGAACACCAAGGACAAAGUUGAUAUAUGUCGUUUCCUUGAAUGUAACCCAGUCCUUGUGGAUGCUGUUAAAGUGAGCCCAGCCCACAGAGCACGCUAUUUCUGGGGGAAUCUCCCGGGCAUGAACAGACCAAUCGUAGCAUCACAGAAGGACAAACUAAACCUCCAGGAAUGCCUCGAAACUGGCCGCACUGCUAAGUACGUCAAAGUGAGGACCAUCACCACACGCUCAAACUCCACCAAGCAGGGAAACAAUGACCAGCAUUUCCCUGUCUCCAUGAACGGAAAGGAUGAUGGUUUAUGGAUCACAGAACUAGAAAAGAUUUUUGGAUUUCCAAAGCAUUACACAGAUGUGAAGAACAUGGGGCGCCUGCAGAGACAGAAGGUGUUGGGUAAAUCUUGGAGUGUCCCCGUAAUCAGGCAUCUCUUUGCUCCACUGAAGGAUUACUUUGCCUGUGACCCCCUAAAAUGAGGAUUAUUUUUAAAUGACCUUUUUCUACCUCUUAAAACUUAUCCUCACAACUCUUUCAAGUAACGUUGCUUGGUUUAUUGCUUUAAGUUUUUUUUUUUAUACUUUAAUUGUGCUGACUGUAUGGUAAAUUAAUGCUUGUUAUAGACAUUUCAGUUGUAUCUGCUGUAACAGUUAUUAAAAUAUUUACUGUA